CGUCCCACAGUUGAUGUGUUUGCUACCUCGCAUCUGCUGGUUCUAUGUCUCACUCAUCCUCCUCGAAUGCGUACCACGAGUGUGUGUGUGUGUGUCUCUCUCUCUCUCCCAGUCCCAAGUGACAGAUGACUGGUGUCACGUGGUGCCAAUGUUUGCCUCCUCUGUCCAUUUCCCCUGUCUCUCCACCAAACUCUCAGUUUCCUCGGGCUCUCAGUCGAGGGACCACUCUGCAGACAUGGCUGUGUCGUGGAAGCUCGCCUAAGACCAGAAACUGACCGUGCGCUCUGCGAUCACACCGUGCAACAGAAUGCAGAUCUUCAUUUACACAACUUUCUGCGGGAUUUUAGCGACCGCAGGAUUUGGCUUUCAAAUCCAAUGUUAUCAUUGUGAAGAAUUCCGACUAAACGACGAUUGCUCAUCUCCGGAGUACAUCGCCAACUGCACAGUCAACGUUCAAGACAUGUGUUUGAAAGAAGUGAUUGUCAAAAGUGACGGAGUUAUGUACCGGAAGUCUUGUGCUGCUUCUACAUCUUGCCUCAUUACGUCUGCAGGUUAUCAGUCAUUCUGUUCCCCUGGAAAGGUGGGAUCUGUGUGCAUCAGCUGUUGUAACACCCCGCUCUGUAAUGGACCCCGCCCCAGGAGGAGAGGAAACUCAUCGAUGUCUCCCAGAGCAAGUUUAAAACUCUUAGCUGCUGUUGGAAUGCUCACUUCAACACUCUUAACAUAAACUCAUCAAGUGAAGGAAACUUUGCAAAGAGUCAUGACUCAAAGAGUCAUUGCAGAGUUGUGGGAGUUCUGAAAUAUCCAACUUUGUUUUGCUGCUGGCAUUUCAUAUGCUGUCUUAUAACAGCUUGCAUUACUAAUAACUGACAAUCAUCAUCCAAGAACAUUAAUAUUCCACAGAGACGCUUUCCAUUAAUUUGCUUUAUUGAAUUUUUACAUGGUACUGUAUCAUUGAAAGUAACACUGACUGCACUUUGAAAGUCUUCUCUGUGAGUUUUAUUUGAAGUAUUUAUGUUUUAUAAAAGCUUCAUAUCUCAG